AUGCAAUCUCUUCGCAAAACAACUGCAUGGAUGAUUCCCAGUGGAAUGAGAAUCGCACGCAUGAGCGCCGGUGAGAUGGGUAGCGGAGCCGGCAAAGGUGGCGGUGGUGGCGGUUCGAUCCGUGAUGCCGGAGGUUCGUUUGGUAAAAUGGAGGUCGCGCAUGAGGAAGAAUAUUUCUACAAGCAGCGCCAGGAACAACUCGCUAAGCUUAAAAAGCAAGCCAUUAAUCAGGAAGAUUUCCACUCGGAAUCAAUCAAGCAUCAUGAAGAAGCCAUCGCCCGCCAUAAGAAAGCUAUUGAGCAGCUGAAGAAAAAUUAA